AACAGAGUCCAGACCCUGCUGUCGCGCACGCGUUCAAGUCCCCGGAAAACUACAUAGCCCAGCAUGCAACAGAGUCAACUUUCUCACGGGCACUACAUUUCCCAGAAGGCAUUUUGCACCGCAGUGUUUUCUGGGAUGGGAGCCACGCCGCCUCCCUGCCUCGAUGCUACGAGUGAAGCGCGGACCUUUUAACAAGAGCUUUAUUAAUUCUCACGCUAGGACCCUGAAAGGCGAUGGAGGUGGCCGCUAACUGCUCCCUGCGAGUGAAGAGACCUCUGUUGGAUCCCCGCUUCGAGGGUUACAAGCUCUCCCUCGAGCCGCUGCCCUGUUACCAGCUGGAGCUUGACGCAGCUGUGGCAGAAGUAAAACUUCGAGAUGAUCAAUAUACACUGGAACACAUGCAUGCCUUUGGAAUGUAUAAUUACCUACACUGUGAUUCAUGGUAUCAAGACAGUGUCUACUACAUUGAUAACCUUGGAAGAAUUAUGAAUUUAUCAGUGAUGCUGGACACUGCCUUGGGAAAACCACGAGAGGUGUUUCGACUUCCCACAGAUUUGACAGCAUACGACAAUCGCCUUUCUGCAUCUAUCCAUUUCACAUCUUCUACCUGGGUUACCUUGUCAGAUGGAACUGGAAAAUUGUAUCUCAUUGGUACAGGUGAACGUGGAAAUAGUGCUUCUGAAAAAUGGGAGAUUAUGUUUAAUGAAGAGCUUGGGAAUCCUUUUAUCAUAAUUCAUAGUAUCUCAUUGCUGAACACUGAAGAACAUUCGAUAGCUACCCUACUUCUUCGAAUAGAGAAAGAGGAAUUGGAUAUGAAAGGAAGUGGUUUCUAUGUUUCUUUGGAGUGGGUCACUCUCAGUAAGAAAAAUAAAGAUAAUAAAAAAUAUGAAAUUAUUAAGCGUGAUAUUCUCCGUGGAAAGUCAGUGCCACAUUAUGCUGCUAUCGAGCCUGAUGGGAAUGGUCUAAUGAUUGUUUCCUACAAGUCCUUCACAUUUGUUCAAGUUGGUCAAGAUCUUGAAGAAAUUAAGGAUGAAGACAUGUCAGAGAAAAUCAAAAAACCUCUAUAUUAUUGGCAACAGACAGAAGAUGAUUUGACAGUAACAAUACAGCUUCCAGAAGACAGUACUAAGGAGGACAUUCAAGUACAGUUUUUGCCUGAUCACAUCAACAUUGUGCUAAAGGGUCAGAGGUUUUUGGAAGGAAAUCUCUAUUCAUCUAUUGAUCAAGAAAGCAGUACAUGGAUAAUUACAGAGAAUAAUAGCCUAGAGAUUUCCUUCAUUAAGAAGAACGAAGGAGUGACAUGGCCAGAACUAGUAGUCGGUGAUAAACAAGGGAAAUUUAUAAGAGACUCAGCCCAAUGUGCUGCAAUAGCUGAACGUUUGAUGCAUUUGACCUCUGAAGAACUGAAUCCAAAUCCAGAUAAAGAAAAACCUCCUUGUAAUGCUCAAGAGUUAGAAGAAUGUGAUAUUUUCUUUGAAGAGAGCUCCAGUUUAUGCAGAUUUGAUGGCAAUACGUUAAAAACUACUCAUGUGGUGAAUCUUGGGAGCAAUGAGUACCUUUUCUCUGUCAUAGUGGAUCCUAAGGAAAUGCCUUGCUUCUGUUUGCGCCAUGAUGUUGAUGCCCUACUCUGGCAGCCACAUUCCAGCAAACGAGACGAUAUGUGGGAGCACAUUGCGACUUUCAAUGCUUUAGGCUACGUUCAAGCAUCAAAGAGAGACAAAAAAUUUUUUGCCUGUGCUCCAAAUUACUCCUAUGCAGCCCUUUGCGAGUGCCUCCGUCGAGUGUUCAUCUAUCGUCAGCCCACUCCCAUGUCCACUGUGCUUUACAAUAGAAAGGAAGGCAGGCAAGUAGGGCAGGUUGCUAAGCAGCAAGUAGCAAGCCUAGAAACCAAUGAUCCUAUUUUAGGCUUUCAAGCAACAAAUGAGAGACUAUUUGUUCUCACUACCAAAAACCUCUUUUUAAUAAAGGUAAAUACAGAAAAUUAAUUACUCCAAUAAUGUUGGCUUCUCUGUACUGGAAAAGUAUUCAGGCGUAGGUGGAAGGCUGGACAGUUAUACUGUAACCUGUUAAGUUUUAAUGUGUUAAAUAAAAUUAUCUUGUAUGAAUUUUCUAUUUUUUAAAGGAUAUUGGAAAUAUAUUCAAGAGAUGAUGAUUCUAUAAAAUCUGCAAAUUUAGAGAAAUUGGCUUCUGUAAAAAAUGUAAAGAUAGUAUUAGCAAGUAUAAUUAUUUUUUAAAACAGAGGCUAGAACCUCAUCUUUUAUAUGAAAGAUGUACAAUUCAGUGUUUAAAAAUAAAAAUAUUUAUCAUGUA